AUGGCUCUCGGUGAGGAGGGGGCUGAUCAGAGGUGUGAGCAUCCCGGGCAGCUGGGGGACCUGUUUGCCGCCUCUCUGCCUUGGGCAGCUGGCAGAGCCCUCGGAUGCCCUGAUCGGCGGAGCUCCCAGCCACCUACCAGCCAAGGGGCCAUCUCCAGGGCUGUCAUGCUGAUUGGGGUGAUCCUAGCCCUUUUUCAGAGUGUCCAGGCUGAACAGGGUACCAAACAACACCAAACAAAUGUUGCCCCCUCUACAGAGUCUCUUGCUAACUGGAGAUCUAUAUUUUCACCAACAUGGCCUUCAACAGAAAUUAAGUCUUCCUCAAUAUCUGACAUGUCAAUGAAACAAACAUUGGAGAAUGCAAACUUGCUUCAGAUAAUAAAAACAACACUGACUGGCGCCAGAACUAUGGAUCAAACUAAUUUUUCGCCCACCCUUUACCAAGGCAGUGGAAAUAGUGCAUCCCAGGAGCCUUCCGAAGUUUCAGCUGAAUCACCAGUGAGGUCAUCAUCUCAAGAUGUAGAUGAAACAGCUAUUGUAUCAGCAUCAGCGAAAACAACUAGGCUCCCCCCUGCUCCAGUGGAAAACAAUUCUGCUGCUCCUACAACUGCAAUUGCAACUUUCGCUAAUGUGACAACAGUUCCCCCUCCGGAAUGCCAGCUGUCCAGUAACCUUAUGGUUAAAUCAGUUCUGUUCCUGAACACAAGAAGGCUGCUGAUCAGCAAUUCCUUAAAAGAGAAUGUGACAAAAGGACUCACCCAAGCAUUGAGACAAGCUUUCAACCAAAAUGUCAACGCUCAAGUUGAAAUUCUGGAACAAUCAAACAAUGUGACAGUUGGUUACUACGUUACGAAGGGGAGGUUGGUUUUUAUACCUGCUGUUGUUAUUGAAAUGCUCAUUGCUUAUGGUAUUAGCAACACCACAGCGGACAUAAAGCAGCAUGUGCCAAAUCUUCAGUCUGUUGCUGUACUGGCCUUACCAUGGAAUCCAUUACCUGCAUACCACUUCCAGCUGAAAACAGAGCUGCAGUUUGUUGGUCAAGCAGACAACAUACAGUCAUGCAAGUUUGUUCAGACCAUGGAGCAACGGUUACGAAAAGCAUUCGAGGAUGCUGAAAGAAAGGUCUUAAACACUAGCAACAACUUAACAGUUCAGAUUUUGAACACAUCAAAUGUCUCCCAAGCUGUCACUUUGUUUUAUGUGGUGAGCAAUCAAAGUACAGCCCUAAAUGGCACCAUUUCCAGCUACCUUCUUAAUCAGCUUUCAGCUGAGCUGGUGGGAUUCUAUCUUACCUAUCCGCCACUGACCAUUGCAGAAUCUUUGGAGUAUCCAAACCUCGAUGUCUCAGAAACUACUAGAGACUACUGGGUGAUUACAGUUAUACAAGGGGUCGACAUUACAUUACUGGGACUUAACAACCAAAGCUUUGCAAGACUAAUGGAGCAGCGGCUGGCCCCACUGUUCGUGAUGUCCCAUCAACAAGGAAGGCGAUUUAAACGCGCUACUACUGUGGGCAGCUACACUGUGCAGAUGGUAAAAAUGCAGCGUAUUCCAGGACCCAAGGAGCCCGCUGAACUGACUUACUAUACAUUAUACAACAGGAAACCUCUGCUGGGAACUGCAGCUGCCAAAAUGUUGAGUACUGUUGAUUCUCAAAGGAUGGCCUUGACGUUAGGUUAUGUCAUCCAAGUACAAGCUGAUCCUGUGGUGAAAAACCCACCAAACAACCUGUGGAUCAUUGCAGCAGUGCUGGCUCCCAUUGCUGUGGUUACGGUUAUCAUCAUCAUCAUCACAGCAGUUCUGUGCAGGAAGAACAAGAAUGAUUUCAAACCAGACACCAUGAUGAACCUGCCUCAGAGAGCUAAACCAGUACAAGGUUUUGACUAUGCCAAGCAGCAUUUAGGUCAGCAGGGAGCUGAAGAUGAGGUUUUACCUGUGACUCAGGAGACUGUAGUGCUACCACUUCCAGUUAGAGAUGCUCCUGCCUCCCAGGAGAGAGAAAUUGCUCAGGAUGGAAGCACCAUUAAAACUGCCAAGUCCAAUGAAACAAGAAAAAGCAGGUCGCCUAGUCAGAAUGGUUCUGUCAUCAGCAACGAAUCAGAAAAGCCCAGUUCAGGCAGAAGCUCUUCACAGAAAGUAAUGGUACAGCAGAAAAUGACAAAAGAUGAGGGAAGAAAGAGAAAUGUGCCCCUUAGUGAUGAAGAGGAGGGAGGCAUUCUCUUUGAGAACAUCGCCAAGUCUGCCCUUGAUCCCUUUGACACAUCUUCUGGAUCUGUACAGCUGAUUGCUAUCAAACCUGUAGCAUUGCCUCCCGCUCACCCUGCAUCAGACAGGAGCCAGGAAUCUGCUAUCAUUAAUGGAGAGGUAAACAAAGCCUUGAAGCAGAAGUCCGAUAUAGAGCACUAUCGCAACAAGCUGCGCUUGAAAGCCAAGAGAAAAGGAUACUAUGAUUUCCCCCAGAUUGACAACAACAAAGGGCUGACAGAAAGAAAAAAGAUAUAUGAGAAAGCACAAAAGGAAAUAGACUAUGUUUUGGAACCAGAGGCAGAUGUGUCUUCUCCAUUUGCAGAGCCUAAGAACAGGCAGCAGACAAAGAACUCUGUGUACAGAAGCAGACAGUCUCUGAACAGCCCUAGCCCAGGAGAAACCGAGAUGGAUCUUCUAGUUACCCGGGAGAGACCAAGGCGUGGGAUCCGCAACAGUGGAUAUGAUACAGAACCUGAAAUGAUAGAAGAAACAAAUGUUGACCGUGUCAAUGAACCUCGAAGUUAUACCAGAUCCCGUCAGGCUAAAGGCCAUUCUGAGACAUCAACUUUAAGUUCUCAGCCUUCCAUUGAUGAAGUUAGACAACAGAUGCAUAUGCUAUUGGAAGAGGCAUUUAGUCUGGCAUCUGCAGGCCAUGGAGGGCAGAACAGACAAGAUGCUCACAGUUCAGCACAACACUUACCAUACUCUGAAGUGGUGACCAGUGCUCCUGGUACCAUGACCCGACCCAGAGGGGGAGUACAGUGGGUGCCAACAUAUAGACCAGAAAUGUAUCAGUAUAGCUUACCAAGACCAGCGUAUAGGUUUUCUCAGCUUCCUGAAAUGGUAAUGGGCUCUCCCCCACCCCCGGUUCCUCCCAGAACAGGUCCUGUGGCUGUGGCAUCUCUCAGGAGGUCGACAUCAGAUAUUGGCAGCAAGACAAGAAUAUCUGAAUCCAGUGGGACCGAGCAGGCCCAACAGCAUGAUCCUGCAUCCUUUGCCCCAGGUUCAAGAGGUCCAGUGUCUGUGGGUCCAUUGGAUCAGUCAGCAUUGAACUACUCAGGAAAUACAGUACCAGCAGUGUUUGCCAUACCAGCAGCAAACCGACCUGGAUUCACAGGCUAUUUCAUCCCAACACCACCCACAGCAUACAGGAACCAAGCCUGGAUGCCCUAUGCUGGAGAUAAUGAAUUACCAGGGCAAUGGGCAGACUCGGUUCCACUCCCUGGUUACAUAGAGGCUUAUCCACGAUCACGCUACCAACAUAACUCUCCUUCAAGACUUCCCCGCCAGUACAGUCAGCCAGCAAACAUGCAUCCUAGUCUGGAACAGGCUCCGCUGCCUUCUACUGCAGCUUCUCAGCAUAGCCUCUCAGAAAACGACCCUUCUGACACACCUCUUACCAACAUUUCUACAGCUGCUCUAGUGAAGGCAAUAAGAGAGGAGGUUGCUAAACUGGCCAAGAAACAAACAGACAUGUUUGAGUUCCAGGUCUAA